CCAGCCCCGAGCGUGCGUGGGCCUCUGCCCGAGCCGGACCGGCGGGGGCUGCGGCUGCUAGGCUGGUGGGUCCCAGGCCCCGGGGAUGGGCGCCGAGCCUGGGAGCGCGCUGGAGCUGAGAAGGGACCCAGGGUCCGGCCCGGGCCCGGCCUAGAGCCCUAGGACCUUCCCUCCCCAGGCCACACUGCACGUGACAGCUGUGCAGCUUUUGCGUGAACUCCGGGCUCCUGGAUUUGGCCUCUACGGAGCCGAGACCCGGAGGUGGGGAGGAAGGGCGAGCGAUUCGGGCCUGCAGCCCAGAGCCCCAGCCUGGGCUCCCAGAAGUGGAAAACGCGCGGGUCGGGAGCCACAGCCCUUUGUUCUAGUCUUAGCUGUGCCCGUGACUCCCGGUGUGAUUUUGGGCUUGUCCCCAUGGUCACCAGCCACGUCCCUCCCCCAGCACCAGCCUGGCUGCACGCUGAACUCUGGCCCCUCUGGCUCCUCGGGUUCCACGUGGACAGCCGUGCGCUGUCUGCAGUCAGCUCUGUCUGGGGAAGAAGCUGCGUCCAGCCUCUGGACAACAGGCUGAGGAAUUUGUAUCCUGUGCAACGGGAUCUUGUGCUGUGAAGAAGUUUCCCAAGUGCCUCAUGUCAGCCGGCAAAUCUGACCGACAAGGCCUGGAAAGAGAAGACUGUUAGGUUGUGGAGGGGUGGUCUUGUCCGGUUCAGUUUUCCUGUGGACCGACCGUGGGACCUGAGGUAGCACUGGGGUGGACUUGGCCUCCUCCAUGGCACGCCAGCUGCAGAUACGACUGCUGACGUGGGACGUGAAGGACACACUGCUCAGGCUCCGCCGCCCUGUGGGGGAGGAGUAUGCCACCAAGGCCCGGGCCCACGGGCUGGAGGUGGAAGCCACAGCCCUGGGACAAGCCUUUGGGCAGGUGUACAAGGCUCAGAGCCACAGCUUCCCCAACUAUGGCCUGAGCCAUGGCCUCACCUCCCGCAGGUGGUGGCUGGAUGUCGUCCUACAGACCUUCCACCUGGCAGGUGUCCGGGAUGCCCAGGCUAUAGCCCCCAUUGCUAACCAGCUGUAUGAGGACUUCAGCAGACCCUGCACCUGGCAGGUGUUGGAGGGGGCCGAGAACACCCUGCGGGGGUGCCGCACACGGGGCCUGAAGCUGGCAGUGGUCUCCAACUUUGACCGACGGCUAGAGGACAUCCUGGUGGGUGUUGGCCUGCGGGAACACUUUGACUUUGUGUUGACCUCGGAGCAUACUGGCUGGCCCAAGCCAGACUCCCGCAUUUUCCAUGAAGCCUUGCGGCUUGCUAAUGUGGAACCAGCAGUGGCAGCCCAUAUUGGGGACAGUUACCGCUGUGAUUACCAGGGGGCUCGGGCUGUAGGCAUGCACAGCUUCCUCGUGGUUGGCCCAGAGCCUCUGGACCCCACAGUCAGGGAUUCUGUACCUAAAGAACACAUCCUCCCCUCUCUGUCCCAUCUUCUGCCUGCCCUCGACUGCCUAGAGGGCUCAAUGCCAGGGCUUUGAGUAUGGAGAGGGAAGUGGCUGGGGUCUAGGCCAUGGAGAAAACCCUAAACAAACACUGGAGACAGGGGGCCUCUUCUUUCUCUGCAGCUCUGGACUUUGCCCGUCUCCUUGCAGCCUCCGUAACCUGUUCACGAUAAAGCAAUGAGUGCUGGCUUUUCAGCCUUGUCCCACUAACCCA